AGGCCGCCCUCAGUGAGAAGGCCCGCCGCCGACUCCAUGGCCCAGGCCGAGAAGAUGGAGCUGGACCUGGAGCUGCCGCCAGCCGGGAGCGAGGGGGGCGGUCUGAGGCGCUCCAAUAGCGCCCCGCUCAUCCACGGGCUCAGUGACAAUUCCCAGGUCUUCCAGCCGCACGUCUUGCGCACCCGCCGGAACAGCACAACGGUCAUGAACCGCCACAGCAUGCUGAUCUCUUCCUCUACAAUUCGUAUCCCCAGCAGCCGACUCCAUCAGAUCAGAAGGGAGGAAGGAGUAGAUUUGAUGAACAGAGAAGCGGCGCAUGAAAGGGAAGUCCAAACAGCAAUGCAGAUAAGCCAAUCAUGGGAAGAAAGCUUGAGCCUGAGUGACAACGACUUGGACAAAUCGGAAAAAUCCUCGUCUCCAAAGAGGAUAGACUUCAUUCCCGUCUCUCCGGCACCUUCACCUACGAGGGGGAUUGGAAAGCAAUGCUUCUCUCCCUCCCUGCAAAUGUUUGUGAGUAGUAAUGGACUGCCUCCAAGCCCAAUUCCCAGCCCCACAAGGAGAUUUUCAAACAGGAGGAGCCAGAGUCCAAUCAACUGCAUCCGGCCCAGCGCUCUUGGUCCCAUCAAAAGGAAAGGCGAAAUGGAAACCGAAAGCCAGCCCAAGAGACUUUUCCAAGGAACCACCAACAUGCUUUCUCCUGACGCGACACACCUUUCCGACCUUGGCUCAUGCCUGCCCUCGGACGCUCUUGACGGCAGUUCCAGCGGCAUCAGCCCCUCCUCUGACUCCCUGGCCAAAGGCGGUGGCGCAGCAGAACCGCCUGCCGCCCGAUCUGAACCCGCUUCCCCAUUCAUCUUGAUGGAUGACCUUUCCCCCAAGUGACUUGCGCUGCCGCCCACCUGGAUGUCUGCCCAUGCCGUCCUUUUGCUAUACCCACCUACAGAGAAACUGGCAGCAUAAAAUCCCAAGGGCACCCGGAUUAGGAGCGCCGAGUGUGAAACACCCACAUCAGCCUUCCUCCUCAGCAACAUCUCCUGGCGAUUUUAAUCCUCCUUUUAAUAGACGCGUCAGGCCCCAGCGCUGCCUGGCUUGCUGGUUUCCCUUUUAAUUCUUUUGCCAACGUGUGCUCGGUUUUCCUUUUAACUAUGAAUUAUUUUGUGAACGUCUCCUCGGAUCGGGACUCUCCUUUCAAAGAAAUGACACCCACAUUUCCUCCGAAUUCCCGGAAAAGCACCCCAUUUAUAUUCACAUUAAAAAUGUCGGCAGGAAACCGGUCGCUGUCACCAUCCCUUGUUCUGAAGAAAGGUUCAACCUUGCUGGCAUCCUCUUCAUAUUGACAAGCAGAGGAAGGUUAAGCUUGUAAGGUGACUUGAUGUUA